ACAAUCGUACUACAUGUGUUGCUUUACGACAAAGCAAUCGCUUUACGGAAGGGUGCAGCAUGUUCGCUGAUGUUGACAUUUUUAUCCGUAGCUUGAUGAUAUAACUAACAACAAGUUUGAGUGUUUAUCAUAUACGAGUUCUGGAUUAUUUGUAGCUUGUUUCCAAGAUGGGAAAACCGAAAAAGAAGAGUGACUUGAGCCGUGCAGAACUGAUGAUGAUGACGAUUGCAGAUGUCAUCAAGCAGUUGGUUGAGGCCCAUGAACAGGGAAAAGAUAUUAACCUUAACAAAGUCAAGACGAAGACAUCAGCCAAAUAUGGUCUCCCUGCACAGCCACGGCUGGUGGACAUCAUUGCUGCAGUGCCGCCUCACUACCGAAGAGCCUUGGUGCCCAAACUUAAAGCCAAACCCAUCCGUACUGCCAGUGGGAUUGCAGUUGUCGCUGUGAUGUGCAAGCCUCAUCGCUGCCCACACAUCAGUUUCACAGGCAACAUCUGUGUCUACUGCCCUGGGGGUCCGGACUCAGAUUUUGAAUAUUCCACACAGUCUUACACUGGAUAUGAGCCUACGUCAAUGAGAGCCAUCCGUGCACGAUACGAUCCCUACCUCCAGACUAGGCACCGAGUAGAACAGCUUAAGCAGCUGGGUCACAGUGUGGAUAAAGUGGAGUUCAUUGUGAUGGGAGGCACAUUCAUGGCUCUGCCGGAGGAGUACAGGGACUAUUUCAUCCGUAACCUCCACGACGCGCUGUCAGGACACACGUCCAACCACGUCACUGAAGCUGUCAGAUACUCUGAACGCAGUAACACCAAAUGUGUCGGCAUCACGAUUGAGACCAGACCGGACUACUGUCUAAAGAGACAUUUGAGUGACAUGCUGGCCUACGGUUGCACCAGACUAGAGAUCGGCGUACAGAGUGUUUAUGAGGAUGUGGCUCGUGAUACCAACAGGGGACAUACUGUUCGGGCUGUGUGUGAAUCUUUCCACCUUGCUAAGGAUGCUGGUUUUAAAGUUGUUGCCCACAUGAUGCCAGACUUACCCAAUGUCGGUAUGGAAAGAGACGUGGAGCAGUUUAUAGAGUUUUUUGAGAAUCCUGCAUUCAGACCAGAUGGUCUCAAACUUUACCCUACACUGGUGAUUCGAGGCACCGGACUCUAUGAGCUGUGGAAAACAGGCCGCUAUAAGAGCUACUCUCCCAGUGCCUUAGUGGAUCUGGUAGCACGAAUUCUAGCGCUGGUUCCACCAUGGACUCGUGUGUAUCGUGUACAGAGGGAUAUCCCAAUGCCAUUGGUGAGCUCUGGGGUGGAACAUGGGAAUCUGAGAGAGCUGGCAUUGGCCAGAAUGAAAGACAUGGGCACUGAGUGUAGAGAUGUACGAACCAGGGAAGUGGGCAUACAAGAGAUUCAUCACAAAGUUCGACCAUAUCAGGUUGAGCUGAUCCGCAGAGACUAUGUGGCUAAUGGGGGCUGGGAGACCUUCCUGUCUUAUGAGGACCCCGAGCAAGACAUUUUAAUUGGUCUCCUGCGUCUUCGUCGCUGCUCACCACAGUCCUUCCGGCCCGAGUUGAAGGGUGGCGUUUCCAUUGUUCGGGAGCUGCAUGUCUAUGGAAGCGUGGUCCCUGUCAGCAGCCGAGACCCCAGCAAGUUUCAGCAUCAGGGUUUUGGGAUGAUGUUGAUGGAGGAGGCCGAGAGGAUAGCCAGGGAUGAGCACGGCUCAACCAAAUUGGCUGUUAUCUCAGGUGUUGGAACAAGGAAUUACUACAGAAAAAUGGGUUAUGAACUGGAGGGGCCGUAUAUGUUGAAGAACCUUUACUGAAGCAGAGAGGAAUCCAAACCAAGAUGUAUCAUAUUCCCUGGAGAAAAUCAUCUGCCAUGCAGGACACCAACUUUAAGGGGAUCUUUACACCCCACCUAUAAUUGGACUGGGCAUGAGGAUUACAGAGAGCGUGUGUGAGUGGUCAUCACAAAGCAAACUGCACUAUUCUGUUACAUGUCAGCCAAAGAGAGUAUUCUGUACUUCUCUUAUGAAGACCAUGAUACAAAGUAUCAGUGCUUGUUAGAAAGGUACACUUAUUCUCCUUUGGUCUUAGCUUCCAUUUUACAGAGUUCUCUCUCCAGUAUACUUGCCAGUGCAUUUACUUCUUUGGGAAAACACUCAUUCUUUUUUUUAUCACAUUAUUUUUGGCUUCUACUGACAACAUUGGACAUAAUGGAGGAAAAAAACUGCAGAGGCUCUCAGUUAUCCUGCGCACAUUUUUCAUGUGGAUUUGGGAGGGGAAAAUAAUUUAUUCUUGCUGCUUGGCACAUUUGAUUAAUUCACCAUUUUUCCUGCUCUGUUCAUUUUAAAGAUGGAUUAAUUGCAUUUUCAUGUUUUCUUGGCUUUGCAUGAAAAGUGUUCAUCUGGUUAUUUUUAUAUUUAUAAUCACAUGAUUGCACAUUGUCAUAAAUCAUAUGUUGGCAAGCGAUUUGGAUGGAGUUGAAGAGACAUAAUACAGCCAUCACUGAACAUUCAAAGGAAUUAAUGGGUAAGAAAUCAUCCGCGGCGGUCUCCUGUCCAGCUCAGAAAUGAAAAACCAUUGCUCCCAUUUUUGACAGAAUGAAAAGUUCACUGGAACUACUCUGCUGCAUUUCAGUGUCUGUCACCACACCACCAAUUUCUGAGAAAUGUCGUCCGGCGUGGCGAGAGCUGUCCUCCGCAGGAGACCUCAUGAUAUGUCUGCUGAUGGGUUUUUACUGCUUCAUUUGACAUCGCAAUACCAGAUUAUAUCGCUAUCUCUGUCUGUGAGUCAAGCUGUCAGGCGAAUGAUGACCGACCACCCUUUAAAGCUAAGCUCAGUCAGAUCACACUUGUAAGAGGUUUGUCAUCAGAGAAAUGGCUUCCAAUAAAUGGCAAGAUGUUGUUUUGCCGCCACCCCACAAUAAAGUGAUGAUUUAACAAUA